UUUUUUUCAGAAAACUUGUGCUGAAACAGGCUUCUAAGCCCACCAGCACAUCACAUUAAAAAAAAGGGAAAAUCUCAAGGUCGCAUCCCGAACGCCGCCCUCGCCUACCUCUCUUCCUCGCCGGCGGCGAUGACCCCGCAGGGUAAGAGCAGCUCACUGGAGCGCCUCCACGACGUUGAGCAGCGGAUAGUACGGGUGGUGGAGCUGUCGGGCGCGGUCAUGGAGGAGCUUGGAAACUCGCAGGGUCCCCGCGCCGGCGCCGUAGACGCCCACUGCCGCGAGUUCAUGCUCUAUAUGAAGGAAAUACAAACAACUUUGCGUGAGGAAAUAAAAAGUGCUUGUGAAUAUCGUCCAUUUGAGAAGUGCGACUAUAGUGCAAGAAUCGCUAACGAGAUUUGUUGCAAAAAGCUGGAGUAUGUAAUUGAGAAGAUGGAUGCCAUGCAACUAAACAUGGAGCAAAGUUCUAAUGGAGUUUAGCUAGUUAACAGGCAUUCUAGUACCCGGUGGUGAGGUGGUGAGUGCAAAGGCAUCAUGUGGCUUCCCAACUCCAAUUCCUUAUGUUCUCUUGCUAUACCUAGUGCACGUGUUAUAUUGUUUGUUUAACUUGAGGUCAUUAAAGGAUGUAGAUGAGAAUAAUUGUAAUAAACUAAAAAGUAGAUAUAUUGCUCAUAAGAUGUUACUAGUGCUGUACUGCUGUGCAUGCCAUUGAUUUCAUAUAUCAAAGCAUUACAGCUCUUUCAGAUCCUUCAA